AUGCCAAAUCCGGAGCGUUUUACGGAUUCGAUUUUUCCGAUCCAAGCAACCAACACGCAGCGUCGUUGUGGUGACGAGGCGGAGUACAACGAGGAGAGUACCUGGCCGUCCCCGGCGUCCGCUUCGCCCCGACGGACCACGACCUCAUCGAUCGUCCACUACCUCCGGCGGAAGCUGCGCGACGAGCCGCUCCCCACCGGCACCGGCCUCGUGAUCGGCUGCCGCGACGCCUACGCGGAGCACCCCAAGAAGCUCGUGACCAAACUUGGCGAGGGCAGCAACGGCGCCUGGUACCUCUUCUCGCCGCGGGACACGGGCGACGGCGAGGGCGAGGGCCACUGGAAGGCGGUCGAAGCGGAGGUCCUCGGUGGCGCCGAACAUGAGCGUAAUUCCUUUCGUUGGGCACGUGAGACGAUAUUUAUCUCGAUAUAUGUAGAGUGCAAAUAUAUAUUAUUACAGCAGACCCACUGCAAUUUGCUGUUACGUUCAAAUUAGAGACAGCUUCGAACG